GGGGGGGCGCGCGGGCAGGCGGUUUGCAUUUUGUAUGAACCUCCCGCUUCCUAGGGCUGUGCAGGAGGCACGCGAGGGGUGGGGGAGUGAUCUCGUUGCAAAGAUUUGUGUAGCCAAAGGUGGGCCCCGACCAUAACCUUCUCGGCCCACCACUGUUGAUUUUGGCUACCUGACCCAAAAACGACAAAGAGUCGGCACUGAGGCGGAAGCGAUCUGAGCAAGAAGGAAUGGCUUCGAGGGAGGAUGAGGAGGUGGCCGUCCCGUUGGGUUUCCGGGAAUACUUUCCCAUGGAACAAGCCAAUGAGAAAAUGGCGGAGCCGAGCCCCCCAAGUCCUCAACAUGUUUCGAGGGGAACGGGAAUGAGCAACAACAUAGACCUGGUUAAAGAUGAAGCUAUUACAGUAUGUAAACGAGAACCCACCAUGGAGAUGAUGGAAAUGGCUCCUUUGGAACCAGAACAGCCCCUGCUCCCGGACCCCCCACGCUGGGACGAUAUAUUUCUGACUUCUGUUGAAAAGGCAGUCAAUACUGAGCCAGGGAAAUGGAUGUCCCCGCUCAUCACAGGACUCAUAGAGGAAGGGCAGAGAUUUGAGGAAAGAGACGUGGGGGAUUUUGGGAAGGUGAAGGCGGCCAUCUUGCGGGUGGACGCGAUCAGCACUGAGGUCCAGCGGCAGCACUUCCGGCGUUUUCAGUACCGAGAAGCCGACGGGCCCCGUGAAGCCUGCAGCCGGCUUUGGUUCCUCUGCCACCGAUGGCUGAAACCAGAGAGACACUCCAAGGAGCAGAUCCUGGAGUUGUUGAUCCUGGAGCAGUUCCUGGCCAUCCUGCCCCAAGAGAUCCAGAGCUGGGUCAAAGAUGGCUGCCCGGAGACCUGCGCUCAGGCAGUGACGUUGGCAGAGGAUUUCCUCCUGAAGCAACAAGAAGCUGAGAGGCCAGCACAGCAGGUGCCAGGAUUGUUAGAAGAGACUGAAGGUUGCUCCCCAAAUGGGGACGAAGCUCCAUCAGACGGUGACCAGGGGCGGACGUCUCUCGAGGUCAAGCAGGAACGUCCUGUGAACAAUACCAGCUUAGGGGUUUUCCCUGUUCCCUCAGAUAAUCUUCACAAGAGUGAGAACGAUGUGGAGAGUCCGGAGCUGCAGAAAAGCGAUCACGAGGAAACGCAUGGGCCGUCGGGGGACGUUACUGGAGAUAUGUUUCCCCUCUUUUGUGGGCAAGGAGAUGCAUCUGAAAGUCAUCAGAAACUAGAGAAACCGCCAAAAAAGCCUCUGAGGAAAAGAGUCCAAAAAACUAUUCCAUUGAUGGGUGGCUAUGAAGAUCUCCCAAUGACUGCAACGGAAAAAACCCCCAGUGAUGGUGAGGUGCCCAUGAAAGUAUGUGAAGAAACCUUCAGUCCAGGUUCCGACGCGGCAGGAGAGAAAAUUCACAAGUGCCCCGUGUGCGGAAAGUGCUUCAGCCUUCGCUCACGGCUGAUCGUCCACGAGAGAACCCACACGGGGGAGAAACCCUACACGUGCUCCGAUUGCGGGAGAAGCUUCAGCGUGAGCUCGAGCCUCAUUGCUCAUCGGAGGACUCACACAGGAGAGAAGCCCUACAAAUGCACUCACUGUGCUAAAAGCUUCAGCGUGAAGUCAGGUUUGAUCGCUCACGAGCGAACCCAUACUGGAGAGAAGCCGUACAAAUGCUUGUACUGCAGUAAGAGCUUCCGUCGCAAUUCGGGACUGGUUAGUCACCAGAGAAUCCACACCGGGGACAAGCCGUACCAGUGCUCGGUGUGCGAGAAGAGCUUCAGCGAUAUCUCGAAUCUCAUAACGCAUCACCGGAUCCACACAGGGGAGAAGCCGUACAAGUGUUUGGAGUGUGGCAAAAGCUUCAGCCAGAGCUCGUAUCUCAACAGCCACCAGCGAAUCCAUACAGGAGAAAAGCCGUACGAAUGUUCGGAAUGUGGGAAAACCUUUAGUGUGAGCUCACGCCUUAGGAAGCACCAGAGGAGCCACACAGGGGAGAGACCGUUUGUAUGUCUGGACUGUGGCAAAACUUUCAGCGAAAGCUCGGAUCUCCUUGCCCACGAGAGAGCCCACACUGGGGAGAAGCCCUAUCGGUGUUCGUUCUGUGGGAAGAGCUUCUUGCGCAGCUCUGAGGUGGUGAGCCAUGAGAGAAUCCACACCGGUGAGAAACCGUAUCACUGUGGGGAGUGUGGGAAAAGCUUCAGCGUGAGCUCACGCCUUAGCGCCCACCGGAGAAUCCACACAGGAGAAAAGCCUUUUCAGUGUAUGGUGUGCGAGAGGAGCUUCAGUUACAAAUCACACCUCAUCACGCAUCAGAGGAUCCACACGGGGGAGAAACCCUUCCAGUGCUCCGUCUGUGGGAAGAGUUUCCGUGGCAGCUCCAGCCUCGUGGCUCACGAGAGGACACACACAGGGGAGAAGCCUUACCGAUGCUUAGACUGUGGAAAAAGCUUUACACAGAGCUCUAACCUCAUUAGCCAUCAGAGAAUCCACACAGAAGGUCAUUCCUGAAGAUUCAGUCUGACAAAACUCAGAAGAGACUAAGCAAUUCUCCUUACUUCCUGUUUUCUUAAUAGGACUCGGUUCUUUGUUAGUGGCUGCUCUUCCGUUCUCUGGAAGGACCAUUUUUGAGCACUUGUGCAAUAGCAAUUAAAUCUCUCUACCCCCCAACCCGCCCCAGAACAAGCCACCAACAUAAACCAGUUUUAAAACAAAUAGGGGUUUUAUCAUUCCCUCCAAACUGAAACGGGUGGAACUUAGUAACUGCGGAUCAAUUGCUCCACAGAGAUUGAUGAAUUGAGUACACAUCAAAAUGCAGAUGGAUAAAUUCGUUUCUUAAAUGCCUCACCUGGCUGUAGGCCAGACCUUUGGACGUUUUCCCUCCUUUUUUUUUCAGUCUGCAAGUAAGAGCGCCACCUCCAGGUUGAAACAGGACGGUUGAAAGUGCAAAAGAAGCCCUAAAAAUCAGCCAAGAGAGAUCUGAGCUUUCGAAUCUAAACCUGACCGCUUUGCCUUGUAUUUCUGGGUUACCUGCACAAUGAUAAGAAUUCGAAUGGUCGAAUCCCACUUUGAAAAGGGACCAGUUCUGUCCAGCGGGAAGCAAAGCACUCUUGCGAAAAAGUUGCAAGCAGAACUUAGAAUCUCUUGAGGGCCAUCAGCUUCCCAGCAGUGAGAUGCCAUAAAGCUGGAGACUGGGGUGGGGGGGAGGAAGGUGGAACCUGUAGUUUCAUUUCAUAACCUUAACUCUAGAAAUUCCAAUUUGUUGUCCCUGUCCCAAAUCUACAGCCUUGGGUUUUAAGAUAUUGUAUAUGUAUGGCUUAGGUUCCAAUGUGGAUGAUCCCUAGAGGGCCUGAAAGACAGUGGAAAGCAGAAAUACAUCUUUAGGUUCUUUUUUAAAA